AGGGACGAAUUGGCCGCAGCUAAACAGCGUUCCGACGGUUCAAAAAGAUCUACGCCAAGCCCUCGUUUAAAACCUGACGAUUUGUCUUUUCCUCACACCGCACCUGGUUCACCAUGUCAUCAGUCAAUUUCUCGCGAGACAUCAACAGAAAGGAGACGAAAAACUCUUGGGAUAAGUCGGACACAAAGACGCAUAAAAGCUUCCAGUACUCCAGCACUUCUUGACCAAGAUGAAGGCCGAUUAUGGUCGAGCAAUACAAAUCAGCACGCUAAUGACGAGGCACCGCGUAGACGUGAUUUGAAUACAGAGCAUCCAUUAAUAGAGGCAUCAAUUCCCUUCGCGCAUCCACGUCUUCAGAAAGAAUCUAGCAUCAAUAGCACACAUAAUGAAGUUCAAUCAUAUCCUUCUUCCAAAGACGGCAUGCCACAAAAUCAGCACGAAAGUGUAAUUCAAAAAUUUCGCAAAAGUUUUUCCCUGAGAUUUCAUAAACGUGGAAGUAAAGAAGGAAGUACUGAAGUUGAUGGGCAACCUAGUGUUCUUUUACCCCCUGAAAAUGAUGGAGAUUCAUCUGCAGUGACCUGUAUCAAUGUAGACGAUCAUAAAGAGUCUAUUCCGGUCACCGAACAACACAAAGAAGACUAUGCCGAUCAAAAAUUUCGAUUUGGACCUCUCGUCUGGAGAUCUAGUAAAGAGAGGAAAAAAAAUAAUAAAGCCGCUCGUAAUGCUAAAUGCAACAGCGGUGACAGUGGAAUUCAAAUUGAGAUAACUGGAGGACGGUCAACUGAGGGCAGUAGCGGCGGAAAUCACGGUGCUGGUGAUAGUUCUGAGUCACACGACACUGAUGCACCAGAUGAAACCGAUAGUCCUCCGGCUCUUCGACGCCGGGUUAAUGGAAAAUCUCGACCACAAUCCGAGCUUAUUAACCAAAUACUUAUAGAUAAAUUUAAGACGGAUAUUCAACAAAAUCGCUCCUCUCGGCAGUACAACGUCCGACGAACGAACAGCGAUUUAGGUGGACAAAGAUUAUUUCAGUGGGACAGCAGGACCUACGGUGGUCAAUUAUAUUACAGAAGAAUGUUGUCAACACCCUCACCGAUAAAAACACGACCACCCAGACUAAGUCCGAGACACUCCUCUCAUGAUAUCGUUACGCUAAGAAGUAACGUCAGGGGGAGAAACUCUCGGACAAAUUUAAGACGAUCGUUGAGUCAACCACUCGGGAUAAAUCAACUAUCUCCGCUGAUGCGCACCAAAACUGCAGGUGCUAAGUUUCCGGGUGGUACUGUUCUGUCAGAAGAUGAACAGGAUUUAAAAUCAGGAGGUAGCGGUGGUACUGGCGUUAUCGGAACAUCCGAUGACGAUAUGAUGUCUGAUUCAGAGUCAUCGAUCGCUUCAUUCUCAGAAAGAAAAAAGUCCUUUGAGCAGCCAAUGGAUGAAGAAAUAGCGAUACUUGCUGAAGCUGUAUGGGAUCAUGUGGCAAUUGAACCUGAAGAACUUGCUUUUAGAGCUGGAGAACUUAUUGAUGUACUGGAUACACUAGAUAAAGAUUGGUGGUGGGGUUGUUGUAGAGGAGAACAUGGGUGGUUUCCUGCAGCAUUUGUUAGGUUACGUGUAAGUCAAGAAGAAACCGUAGAAGACUGUCUUGCAGCGAUGGCGUCCGGUGUAUCCUCAAACUCCCAAUCACGAAGACGAACUAGUAUAUCUCUUCUCUCAAAUGAACAAGUUCGAAGCAGUGUGGUACGAGAACUUGUGCAAACUGAACGCGAUUUCGUAAAAGUGUUACGUGAUGUUACGGAAGGUUACAUUGCUGAGUGUCGCCGUCGCAUUGAUAUGUUUACUGAGGAUCAAAUAGAAACUAUUUUUAUAAAUCUUGAAGAUCUUCUAGAAUUUCAAACAGAGUUUCUUAAAGAUCUCGAGGCACGUAUCGAUUGGAAUGCGCCCCAUAAAAGCUGCGUCGCUGAAUGUUUUCUUAUUCACCGUAACGGGUUUCGAAUGUACUCGGAAUAUUGCAACAGUCAUCCAAUGGCAAUUGUAACGCUUCAAGAACUCUACCGUCACAAUCGAUACAGUAAGUUUUUUGAAGCUUGUCGAUUGAUGCGCGGCCUCAUCGAGAUUCCUCUUGACGGUUAUCUUCUAACACCCGUUCAAAGAAUUUGCAAGUAUCCACUUCAGCUUGCCGAGUUACUUAAAUAUACCAAAGUCGAUCAUCCGGAUUAUCAUAAAAUAAGGGAAGCAUUGGAUGCCAUGCGUGCUGUUGCGGUUCUUAUAAAUGAACGUAAAAGACGAAUGGAGAGCUUAGAAAAGCUUGCAGCUUGGCAACUAAGAGUUGAGGGGUGGGAGGGUGAAGAUUUAAUAGAAGUUUCAUCCCAACUAAUUUUUCAAGGUGACGCAGUAAGAGUAACGACUGGAAUGUGGACUAAUAACAUCACUCUCUUCUUAUUUGAUCACCAGCUAGUUUAUUGUAAGAAAGACAUUCUGAAACGUGAUACGUAUGUAUAUAAAGGCCGAAUUUAUUUAGAUACUAGUGAAGUGAUCGAUGUUCCCGACGGUAAAGAUCAUCAACUUGGCGUUACUGUAAGACAUUGUCUUAAAGUAUACAGUUGUGUACGAGACAAAUGGCUACUAUUUUGCUGCCGAACGGCUGAAGAUAAACGUAAGUGGCUUGAUGCAAUGGCAGAAGAACGGCGGUUAGUUGAACAAGAUCGUAAUGAAGGUUUAGAAUUUCCUGCCGCCGCUAGGCAACUUGCUCGAUUGGCUGCGACAAGACAAGAACAUCGUAGGCCACCGAUAAAACCUCGAAAUAAAACUUACAAAAGAGAAUCGUAUGAGAUGCCCGCAUUCCAGCCAAAUUCUUCAAACUCUCUCGGCCGUAAAGUUGGAACGUGGUUUACUUUCGGUAGCGGCAAAAAAGGAAUUAGAUUACGGCCAUCUUGA